AUGUCCUACCCUCCCCCCCCGGGACCUCCUCCUCCUCCCUCCCCCCCCGCCCCCUCCCCCAGUCCGCACCUACCAAUCCGCCCCCACCAGCACCUUCUCCGGCUUCCGCCCGCGCUCCCUCGCCGCCCCAUCCCCCAUCGUCUCCGCGCCGCCGCAGCACCACAACCCCUACGCCCACCACCACCACCCACCCCACACCUACACGCAGCCGCCCUACCCCGGCGCCGCCGCCGCCGCCGCCGCACCUACAACCUACGCGCCAGCCACAUACAGCGCGCCAACGACCACAACCCCACACAUCAUCAACCCGUUCCCGCUGCCCACGGCCGCGGCACCAUCGCGCAGCAGCAGUCGAUCUAUGAUCCUGCCGCGCGCGCCGCCGCGUCUUCCUCUACUGCCUCUGGCGCGGCGCUGAAGGGCGCUGACGGCGAAAAUGCGCCGACGGUGCUGCGUCAGGGGGGCGGACAGACAUGGACGGACGGGACGCUGCUAGAGUGGGACCCGAGCCACUUCCGGCUGUUUGUCGGCAACCUGGCGGGGGAGGUGACGGACGACUCGCUGCUCAAGGCGUUUGCGAAAUAUCCGAGCGUGCAGAAGGCGCGCGUGAUUAGGGACAAGCGCACGACGAAGAGCAAGGGGUAUGGGUUUGUGGCGUUCUCGGACGGGGACGAGUAUUUCCGCGCGGCGAGGGAGAUGAAUGGGAAGUAUAUUGGGAGUCAUCCGGUGUUGCUCAAGAGGAGUAAUACGGAGAUUAAGCCUGUGGUUGUGGGCGCGGGGGGGAGGAAGGGGAAGGAGGGGGGCGGGGUGUUGGGGGGGCGGGUGGAGAAGAAGAAGAAGAAGAAGGGGAGGGGCGAGGAGAGGAAUGUGUUGGGGUAG